GUGCAAGUGGCGACACAAUGGCGAUUUAAUCAUUGAUUUAAUCGUGUUUUGGUGGACGUCGUAGUCAGUUUACUCAUUUGCACCAACUAAUCUAAGUUUAUGCCGUACGCGUUGGAUCUUGCUUCGCACGGAAUAAUGUCAUCUGGUGUCAGUGGUGAUAACUGUCCAGUCGAAGAACCAAACACGCUUCGUCAUCGUAUGGCUUCAUCAUUUCUUUAUCAGUUACCUGGUCAGGAGCAUGAGCUGGACAUUGUAAUGCUUGACCACUGCUAUUCGAAGCCUUGGAGCUCCCAUCCAGAUGCCAGCAAUGCUAGGCCUGUCCGAAUGCUGUUUGUUAGCAGGCAGCCUCGCAACACUCAGGAACCACAUAUACUAGAACCCAACGUUACCCUAGAUGUAGAAAGUGUGAUAGCGAAACCGAGUCUCCCAUAUGACGUUCAGAAAGCCCGUACUGUCAUGAAUGAAUGUGAGCGCCACGUGAACUUUGCGAGAUCGGAAACCAAUGCUCCAGAAGACUGGGAGGAACACAUUACCAGAGUCGGCUGGACUCUCACUCAGAAUCGACUCUUCAACAAGGUGAUCAAGGCUCUCAAUGCUGACCGGUUGACACGACUCGCACACGAGGGUGCCUACAACGAGGCUGUAAUGCGUAGAAUCGGCGUCGACAAGACAGCCCGCAGAGUGCGCCACGCUCUCGCGAGCGUAGGCUGGGAUACAAAGUUGACACAGUGGCUGCACCAGACACUAGUAGACAGCCUAAGCCAACCCAUGCUAGCUGCGUAUCUCGACGUUCUACAAACUCUCAAGUCCAAGAUUCCCGGACUGAUCGACAAGAUGAUAGCACUGUCUAUCUCGGUGGCAUCACACUCCGGUGCUAACGCUGAGGCACUCAGCCUGCUGUUGAAACGACCGUGGGACCCCGCAGCCACUAACCUCACCCAGCACAAGCCGAGAAAGCUUCCAGGGAACCCGCUAUUGCUCAUUGCACCGUCGGCGCCAACCAAUCAGAACGCUGCCUUCUCGCGCCGCAGCAAGUUCUGGAACACACAGCUGGCACACAUGGCUAAGGUGAUUCCAGUGACGAUGCACACUGUCAGUGGUGGCAGCGGAGUGAAGAUCGCUCAGUGUCUGGAGAACAUGGUGGGAGCUGUUCGCACCAAAGUUUUGGAGCUGCAGAGCCACUUUUCCAACCGUCCAGUUGUGCUGUUGGGGUGGGGCGUUGGCUCUCUGGUGGCAUGUCACGUGGCGUUAGUAGAACAUGUGACAGCUGUCGUGUGCUUGGGAUUUCCCUUCAUGGGAAUAAACGGUGGCAGAGGGGACGUCGAUGAUGUGCUUCUCGAGUGUCAAGUGCCCGUACUUUUCGUGCUUGGACAGAAUGCUUCAACCUGCAAUGUAGAUGACAUGGAAGACUUUCGUGAGAAGAUGAAAGCCGAUAACAGCCUGGUCGUGGUGGGAGGAGCAGACGACCUUCUGCGAGUGACGCGCGCAAAGAAGAAGCUAGAGGGCGUGACACAGAGCAUGAUUGAUAGAUGCAUUAUGGACGAGAUCGGAGACUUUCUUGGCGGUGUCGUCUCGCAGUCUUCCGCCGCGACCCCAGAGGCAGAGUUGCCGUCACCAACAGAGGUGGACAAGCGUAGGACGCCGAAGAAGCGGCGAUCGUCUCGAGAGCUUGCUGCCGGCCACACUCAGAGUGUGAAAUCUCCCGCCCGCUCGCCUGCCACAACCACAACUCUGACCGGCUUGCGAGGGGGAGUCGUGUCUAAUACAGGAAACACACUAACCAGCAUUGGAUCCCCAGCGGCGUUAUCCCUACAGGCUUCUAUACUGGCGCUCAGCAAGGAUGGUGCCACGACCAAGACCAAGCGCACGUACAAACGAAGGCAGCCGAAGAGUCCCCUAGACUCUCUCCCCGUGGGUGGAAAGCGGGGACGACCCCCCAAUGAUGGUGCGACGAGUGCAUCUGCCAAACAAAUCGUCACCUCGUAUAAUAAGGUGAUUGGACAGGCUGGACCAGCACGUGCCAGCACUGCGGGACAACCUGGCAGUCUCCUUCAGGGCCUCAGCUUCAAUCUUCAGAGCACGAGUACAGAGUCGCCGGUAGCGUCACCGACUAAGCCUGUCCUGCAGACGACGAUCGGCUACUACCAGGGUUCACUGUCCUACAUGCCCACGUCGAAGACGCCGACGUGCGUGGCUCUCACAACGCCCACGAUUCAGCACCUCCUACAGUCGGGCAUACCCCGCUCGACCAGCGGCCAAACUCUGACGCAGGGGUCUGUCGUCGUCACCCCGUCUGUCCUUGCGCAGUCCCCUGUGGUGGCGCCGCGCAUCGUACAGGCGCCGCAGCGUGGCCGGACGAGCGGCGGCCCGCAAAAGGUGCUGUACCACGACUUCCCGCUGACCGGCGGCGGAUUCAAGCCGGCGGCCGGCGCGCACCCGAAGAUACUGACCGUCGGCGAGCGGCCAAAGCCGGCCACCGUGCACGUAGCGGUCGGGCGGCCGGCGGCAGCAGCGGCGGCGGCCGCUCGACCCGCGGGCCGCGGGCGCCCGCCGCCUCCGACGUGCGGCGCGCAGACGACGGCGGUCGGCUCGCUAUCGAUCGCCGCGCUGCUGGGUCACAUCAAGGCGACGUCGACGAGCGGCGGGCAGGCCUACCACGUGCGCUUCACGGGCCCCGGCGGCGCGGCGGCGUCCCCAACGCUGCGCGCAGCUCCCGUCGCGUACGCGCCCGUGCGCGCGCCGGCGACGCCUGCCGUGUCGGACAGCGUCACACGGCCGCUGAGCAUCGACAUUCCACGGCAGGAGGCGGCCGAGUUGGUCGGCACGAGCAAGCUGUUGCAGACGCUCACUGCGGGAAAGCUGAGGGACGAGGCAGCGGCAGCCCAGCAGGCAGCCCUGCAGACAGCGAAGGAAGCUGAAGCUCCUCAGUCAUCGCAGCAUUCAAGUCGAGAGAAGUCACCGCUGCGGACGUCGCAAAAUGGAACCAAACAACCGAUGCAACUGGUGGCCCAACAGGCAGCGCAACAAAAAUCAACAAAGCAAUUGACUAGUCAACUUUCACAGCCACUGACCACCCUGCUGACAGCCAAGCAGGUUACACAGCAGACAGUGGAACAGCCAGCCCAGCAAGCAAACUCACAGACAGAGCAAGCAACCCAGCAGACCAAACAAUCUCCAACCCAGCAGACAGCACAGCAGCAAAUACAGCUAGCAACUCCACAGACAGCACAAUCAGAGCCUCCAACCAUACAGGCAACCCUACAAGCGACCCAACAGACGACAGAGCAGCCAGCCCAACAAGCAACACCACAGGCAGCACAACCUCAGGCCCAGCAAGCAAGCUCGCAGCCAGCACAAAAGCUAGAUCAACAAACCACACAACAGCCAGCCCAGCAAGCAACACCACAGACAGCACAACCUCAGGCCCAGCAAGCAAGCUCGCAGACAGAGCAGCCUCAAGCCCAGCUAGCAAACCCACAGACAGCACAAUCUGAAGUUCAGAACGCAACCCCACAGACAACACAAUCUGAAGUUCAGAACGCAACCCCACAGACAACACAAUCUGAAGCUCAGAAAGCAACUCCACAGGCAGCACACUCUCAAGCUCAGAGAGCAACCCUACAUAUAGUGGAAAAGACACCACAACAAGUAACGCAACAGACAGCACAACAAGCUGCCCAGCAAGCAAACCCGCAGACAGCACAACAGGCUGCCCAGCAAGUAACCCCACAGACAGCACAACAGGCUGCCCAGCAAGUAACCUCACAGACAGCACAACAGGCUGCCCAGCAAGUAACCUCACAGACAGCACAACAGGCUGCCCAGCAAGCAAACCCACAGACAGCACAACAGGCUGCCCAGCAAGCAAACCCACAGACAACACAACAGGCCGCCCAGCAAGUAACCUCACAGACAACACAAGCUGCCCAGCAAGUAACCCCACAGACAGCACAACAGGCUGACCAGCAAGUAAACCCACAGACAACACAACAGGCUGCCCAGCAAGUAAACCCACAGACAACACAACAGGCCGCCCAGCAAGUAACCUCACAGACAACACAAGCUGCCCAGCAAGUAACCCCACAGACAGCACAGCAGGCUGCCCAGCAAGUAAACCCACAGACACCACAACAGACAGUUCAACAGACACUCCACCAUGCGGCCAAGCAGGCAGUUCAACAGGCUGGCUCUUCACACAAAGCAGGCAGUGUUGAGGAUGAUGAAGAUGUCGCAAAGGUGCCAGUGUCAUCCUCUGUGAGCAAGGCCCUUGAGCACCUACGCAAGGGCUCACCUAUCCAACUGCUUGUAAGCCAAGCAGCAGAAUCGAAGCUGAAAGAGAAGACAGCAAUAUUGGUGACUGAAACAAACGCACCGGUCGUGCCAGCACCUACGACUACAUCGGCUAUGUCAUCGCUCGUCACCUCCCCGUCGACACAGACUCCAGCCGGGAGGGUAGCGUCUCCGACGGUGGUGGCAAGUCAGACCGAUUGUCAAGUCUUGGCAACGGUUACGAUGGAAGACAGUACUGAAAACACUGCCGGUGAGAGCACAUCUACACAGCAACAGCAGACAGGACAGCAAGCUGUGGAAGAGGUCCUUGUUUGCAAAGGCAGAAAAGAUCAGGAGACACCGACGAGGUGGCCGAAGCUUUUCCAACCAGCUCCAGCUGAAACGGAGCACCUCCCGCAUGCCUGAACCUGCACCAUUGAGCCACCACGCUGCGAUGGAUUCUUUGCUUACACGAGAAAUUUCACCGACCACAGACGUGUCGUCAGGCAGGUUAGUGGCAUUGG